CCGUGUUCUGGCAUAGGAUUCUUGUUGGGCAGCUGUUGAGUUUUGGGAGCCGCUACUGCAAGUAGCCAAGUACGCACUGGGAGAAAUUAAAACGCCUUGAAAAGUGAAAACUCAGAGGAGGAAAAAAAAAAGAGAACUCCCAACAAAAGCUGCCCCCACCGGGCUAAAAAAAUCGGCUCAGACCUUACCCUUUUUUUUAAAUCCCUUUUAUCCUCUGCCUAAUAGAAACCCACACACAAACACAUGAAUUCGCAGGAGCUGCAGUCUAGAGAGAGGGGGAGGAGAGGAGAGUGAGAGAGACAAAGCAUAAAGGCACUGCGGAGAAGCUGGACGCCGUGAAGAAAUCUGUAGCCUGAGAGAGAGAGAGAGAGAGAGAGAGAGAGAGAGUGAGGAAGAAGGGAGGGUGAUUCUCUGAUCUGGAGCUCGUUGGGGGGAAAGGAGUUGGGAGAAUCUCAUGGGAGCUUUGAAGAAAUGGGGAAAAGAAGCUCCUUGAUCCGUUCUUGAGCCGGAAAAAGUGAUCUUUCGGGUCGUGUGGCUGGAGAAAUUUGGAUCUUGAGGCUAACGGAGGACAACGCCUCGAUUCUUCCGGCGCUCCGUUGCUGCAUUGCCUUCUUGUCCCCAGAUCCGAGCUGCCGUGCGAGGAAAAGCCGGAUCUUUUGCCUGCGUUCUUCCCAAAUCCGCCCAAAUUUUGAGCUCUUGAGCUGUUUCAUGGUAGCCCCGUGCUAGCUUCAAAUCUUUUUCAGAAAGAACAUUUGUUUAGUUGGGGGUUAGAUAUGGCAGGGAUUCGGACUACUUUAUGAGCUGUCUCCUGCCAUUUUUUUUAGAGUAGAUUCGUCAGUAAUGGCGGAUCUUGCCAUGGAGUAGUAGCAGGGGUUUCCUUCGGUGAUAGCGAAGCGUACUAGCCAUAAGCGGCGAUGUCUCUGAAGAGCAUUGUGCGGGAACUGAGGGAGAUGAGGGAUGGCAUCGGCAGCAUGUCGAGGCGAGCCGCUGGCGGCGGCGGCGGCGGUUCCGACGGGCGCGCCGGCCACGGCCGCGGGGGCUCGCGGCAUUCCUGGCCUGGCCUCUGGUCGGAGCAGCAGCAGCCGCCUCAGCCACCGCAGCAGCGUCAGGGCCAGGAACAGCAGCAGCAGCAGGGGCGGUGGGCGAACCUGCCACCGGAGCUGCUGCUGGACGUGAUCCAGAGGGUGGAGGCCAGCGAGGCGACGUGGCCGGCGCGGCGCCAGGUGGUGGCGUGCGCUGCCGUCUGCCGGUCAUGGCGCGAGGUCACCAAGGAGGUGGUGAAGACGCUCGAGGAGUGCGGCAGGAUCACCUUCCCCAUCUCCCUCAAGCAGCCGGGGCCUCGGGAGCAUCCGGUGCAGUGCUUUGUCAGGAGGGACAGGGCAACAUCCACCUAUCUCCUCUACCUGGGGCUCAGCCCAUCUCUGCACGGGGAAAACGACAAGCUUUUGCUUGCUGCACGUAAGAUUAGACGGGCAGCCAGGACUUCUUUUGUGAUCUCAUUGGUCUCUAAUGACUUCUCUCAAUCGAGUAGCACCUAUGUCGGUAAACUGAAACCAAACUUCCUCGGCACAAAGUUUACAAUCUUCGACAGCCAGCCACCUUGCGAUGCUGUGGUGUUGCCAAACAACCGGCCAAGCAAGAGACAUUUCAAGCAAGUAUCACCACGAUUGCCUCUAGGCAAUUAUAAUGUUGCUACAGUCUCAUAUGAACUCACUGUCCUACGGAAUAGAGGACCAAGGAGAAUGCAAUGCACCAUGCACUCAAUACCAGCAUUGUGUAUUCAGGAAGGUGGCAAGGCCCCAACCCCUACUGGCAUCAUCCACUCAAUCGACGAGCAAGUUCCCACCUUAUCAACUAGCAAAGGAAAGGAACCAGCCGUAGAAUUUUCUUCGACAAGCCUCAGUGCUGAUCUGUCUGGACCGGUUUGUACAAACGAAGUGCCUCUUGUUCUGAAGAACAAAGCUCCUCGCUGGCAUGAGCAGCUGCAGUGCUGGUGCCUCAACUUCCGAGGGCGCGUUACAGUGGCAUCAGUCAAGAACUUCCAGCUUGUUGCGUCAGUUGAUCCUUCCCUUGGUAUCCCUCCGGCAGAGCAGGAGAAAGUCAUCCUCCAAUUUGGGAAGAUCGGAAAGGAUAUAUUCACAAUGGAUUAUAGGUACCCGCUCUCGGCGUUCCAGGCCUUUGCGAUCUGCCUGACUAGCUUUGACACCAAACCGGCCUGCGAAUAACUGAAUGAGGUAUCAACCUGUCUGUGUCUUCUCUCCAUUUAGCUCAGACGGCACCAGAUUCUGUUGGCUGCUGUAAAAACUCUCGAUCUUGCUAUGUCAAGACGAGCUGCUCCUGGGGGUGACAUGAUGUAACAAACAACUGCUAUGUAUUGUCAGAUCAAGAUGAACAAUGGCAUCUAUAUCUUGGCAACUGCUAUGUAUUGUUCUUGGAACGUUUAGCGGUGAGAUAUCACUGUCUUAUGGAUAAUAUGACGAUGUUCAUCUUGCC